CGGCAUGGCAGUCAUCCUGAAGCGAUCGGUCGGUACAGUGUCCGUGACACGUUCUAUAUCGGUCAGUGAUAUCUCGACCUGUCCUCGAUCGGGUCAAAGUGCGCAUUUACGGUUCUCGAAUAAACGCAACCAGUCGUGUCGACAAACUGGAACGACAAACCGCUCUUGCUCCUCCGCUUCAUUCCAACGCGUCCAAAUUCGAUAAUAAUCGAAUAAAUAGUUAUUCGCAUGCCUGUUGUAUCGAGUAAAAGGCACACGUCCGAAAUGCCGCUAUUUGAAAUUCAAUAAAAUAAUCCAUCGAUUCUUGCUCGCUCGGUGAAUCUUUAACGAGAUCUCGUUUUUUGAUUUAUUUGAACGAAUGCUAUCGAUGAUUUCAUUAGUUAGAGUGUGUUCCGAUUGAAGUAUAGGUAAGUAGGUAGUAGAUUACAAGAUCAGUUUUGGUUAACGAGAUGUGGCCAAUUUUGUUAACCUUGGCAGUGACGGCUACUCUGGGAGAAGUGGUGAAUGUUCAUGUGAACAAUGAUACGCAAUGGAAACUUGGAUUCGAAGUCGAUUACGAGAACGAUCGUUUUCUAUUGGACGGAAAACCUUUUCGAUACGUUUCCGGCAGUUUUCACUAUUUUCGAACACCUAGACAAUAUUGGAGAGAUCGUUUCAAAAAAAUUAGAGCAGCCGGAUUAAAUGCCGUUUCAACUUACGUGGAAUGGAGUCUUCAUCAACCGAGUGAAAAUGAAUGGUAUUGGACGGGUAAUGCGGAUUUAGUAGAAUUUUUAAAUAUUGCUCAAGAAGAAGAUUUGUUCGUCCUUUUGAGACCAGGCCCUUAUAUUUGCGCGGAGCGAGAUUUUGGUGGUCUUCCUUACUGGUUAUUGACACUUGUACCAGAUAUAAAUUUACGUACAAAUGAUCCACGAUACAUGAAAUAUGUGGAAAUAUAUUUGAACGAAGUAUUUAAAAGAGUCAUUCCCUACCUCAGAGGAAAUGGAGGACCUAUAAUAAUGGUUCAGGUGGAAAAUGAGUACGGAAGUUAUUCGUGCGAUAAAGAAUAUUUACAUCAUCUGAGAGAUAUAAUGAAACGGAAAAUUGGUACAAAGGCGCUUUUAUAUACGACGGAUGGAUCAAAUAGAAAUAUGCUGAAUUGUGGCUCUAUAUCAGGUGUUUAUACAACUAUCGAUUUUGGAACUAACGCGAACGUGACGAAAAAUUUCGAAAUAAUGCGUCUGUAUCAACAGCGAGUAAGGCCAUUAGUAAAUUCAGAAUUUUAUCCCGGAUGGUUAACACAUUGGCAAGAACCGUUUCAAAAAGUAAAUGUUACAGCAGUUGCAAAAACUUUAAAUCAAAUGUUGUCUUUGGGUGCUUCUGUUAAUAUUUAUAUGUUUUAUGGUGGAACGAAUUUUGGUUACACCGCUGGGGCUAAUGGUGGCGAAAAUGUAUACAAUCCACAAUUAACUUCCUAUGAUUAUGACGCUCCGUUAACCGAAGCUGGUGAUCCAACAUCAAAAUAUUUCGAGAUCCGGAAUAUCGUAUCUAAGUAUUUGCCAUUGCCAAAUGUGUCACUUCCAACAGUGUCUCCGAAAGGAGAUUACGGUUCGAUUCUAUUGUCGCCAAUCCUAAAAUUAUUCGAAUCUCAAGGCCGACAAUUAUUCGGAACAAUUAUCGCCCAAGGAUCGGAUCCACUAACGUUCGAAGCAUUGGGAUUAUCUCAUUGGUUGGUAUUGUACGAGACUGACAUAAUACAUAGCCCUAAGGAUCCUGCGAUUCUGUACGCAAAAGUUCGAGAUAGAGCAUUAGUUUACGUAGAUGAUCACCUGGUUGGAACCUUAAGUCGUACCAGUAACAUCUAUCAUUUAAGUAUAGAGGAGCCUUAUGGACAAAAAUUGAAAUUAUUGAUCGAGAAUCAAGGAAGGUUAAAUUAUGGAAAUGGACUUCGUGAUUUUAAGGGAGUCACAAAUGUAUCUCUAAACAAUAUUCCCCUUGGACCUUGGAAAAUGACUGGAUUUUUGCUGGAUAGUGUCAAUCCGCUUAUCAACGUCAAUUCCAACAUAUCCGUAAGUGGAACUCUUCACGAUGGUCCAGUUAUACUUCGAGGAACUUUCUCGAUCUCUGACCAACCGAUGGACACGUAUUUAAACACUGAUGGUUGGGGCAAAGGAGUUGCUUUCGUGAAUGGACACAAUUUAGGUCGAUACUGGCCAUUGGUUGGCCCUCAAAUAACUCUUUAUAUUCCUGCAUCUUUUUUAAGAACGGGCGAAAAUGAAGUGGUGUUAAUCGAAUUGGAAUACGUACCAAACAGCGAGAAAAUGAAAUUGCAAAAGGAACCGAUACUCGACUUCGGUGCUAAAUAUUCAAAUAACGGAGAUAAUUCGAAUGAUAUACGUGUUUUGAUUUGAUCAGUUUUUAAUUUCCUUUCUUUUUCUUUAAAAUAUUAUUCAAAUAUUAUAUUAUUGUUUAAUGAGAAAUUGUGCGAACAAAUAAAUAAAAAAUAUCAAAAA